GCAAUCAAACCAAACUCAGUGCAAGCGGCUUUGACUUUAUCGAAUUUUCACAAUGAGACCGGUUCUGUUUGUGUUUGUGUUUGCGCUUCUCUGCAUACCCAGUGCAACCCGCCACCAGCAACCCAAUCCCAAUUCCCGUGAUGCAUUCGCCACUCAGUUGUUUCGCUCGCUGCUUAAUCAGUUGAAUAAACAACCCGUCCCCACAUCGGUGGUGCUUAUAUCGCCAGCGUCCGUACAGAAACUCUUGGCAGUAUUCUACAAUAUUAGCAGCUACGAAUACAUGCGUCCAUUGGCUCGCGAUAUGGGAAUGCACGAUGCCUUCACGCUUCUGCGUGAGUCGAUCGAGAUGACCGCGGCUCGUGCACGUGCACGACUAUUACGCCAAAGCAAGGAUCAGGUGAACGCCGGUAUGAUGGCGUAUUUCAUACUACCGUAUCAUGUUCUGGAAUUCUUCGCCAAGGACUUUGACGAACUGGGCUCAGAUAUAACGGCACAGAACUACUUUGUCUACGAUGGGGGUUACGAAAUCGACAAACGUUUUCAAUAUAGUGCCCAAGACUAUUUCAAUAUUGCGGUGCUGCCCAAACAUCAGCCAGUGGUCACGGGUCUGCUACACGACUUUGGCUUCACAACACAUGGUCUGGAAAUCUACAGUUUCGUCAAGUUCCAUGCCUUUCUGGGGGAACAGUUUAGAAACGUGCAGGACCUACGUUAUGCCAGAGGCUAUUUUCGUUAUGCGGACAAAGUUAAAAUUGGACACCAAUUUAUCCAUUGCAAGAUAGUGGAGCUACCGCUGUAUGGGACCAAGUCACGCCGAGCCUCCAUGCUACUCAUCAUGCCGGGCAAACAUAUGCAAAUGACGGCGUUGGAGUCGAAAAUCCUUUCGGGAAAUUUACGCAGCUUUAAGGAUAUCUCUAAGCAGUUACGCUUCCACAAGGUCGCUGUGCGUAUGCCCAGCUUGAAGUUUCUGUCCAAAAUCAAUUUGGGCAAAUACAUUAAAGAGAUGUCCUGGAUCCGUCUACACAAGCUGUUCCAUUUGGAGUUGCAUUAUCGAGGCAUGUUCGAUCCGCCCUUCAAUCGACGCAUUCAAGUUCAGCGCUACGUACAGUCGAUUAAUAUGCAGCUGCAUGUUUUAGGCGGCAAUGCGCCGCUCUCAGAGUACAUGAAUCCGUUGCGUUUCUUCAAUGCAAGCAAAACUUUUGAUUGUGCCACCUCGCAAUUUCUGUUCAUAGUGAAGUCCGCCGAUGUUAUCUACUUCAUGGGUCGUCAUCGUCGUGGCUCAGUGAAGGACCGUGCGCAUUCUGGCCAGUUUUAG